ACUAAACCAGUAAAAUAAUGCGUAUAAAUAAGUGAGCUGAAUUUAUCCGUAACACACGCUGCAUUCUUGAUUCGCGAGGAUCUUGUGAAAAAACAGCUAAUACGAAUAUUUAUACUUAAACCAAUAUGUACGAUGCAAAGAGAGAAAAGUGGCGUGCAAACACAGCUGUAUUUUGAAGUACGUAAGAGUGAAAUUGUAAAGUAACAAUAUAAUACGCACAAGUGAAUAUAGAUGGAAACUGUGCAACGUGUUUAAUAAAAGUCGAGUGGAUCGAGUAAAGGUGCUGCAAAGACACAGAUGAGAGACAUGGAAGUAGCGACGCGGCUAAAAGGGCUGCCGAAUAGCUCGGAAACAUUAACAAUUGGCUCAAGAUUUGUGCAUAUUUUGGCAGACUUUAACGAGCUGUUAAUAAUGAAGUGCGUCGUUAGAACAUAGUAUUGGAGAUCGGUUGGGAUCAUGCCAGGUAUCGUGGUGUUCCGACGCCGAUGGAGCGUCGGCAGUGACGACCUGGUCGUUCCCGGCGUCUUCCUCUUCGUUCUGCAUCUCAUAUGGGUCAUCGUGCUGAGCGUCCUCUUGGGGGUCCUGGAAUGGGACCGCAACGUGAGCUGCGUACGGCUCCUGUGGGAAUACGUCCUCGGAUAUGUGGUGAUCCUCGUCAUCUCGAUCGUCGUGGAGCUGUCAAUCUCCGUCCUCGCGAUGAGAGGGAGCAUCCUGGACACCGCCCCGAGGGCCCCGAUGCAGUACUACCUCUACUUUCGCCUGUUGGUGAUGAUCGUCGAGAUGGGAUGGCUCUGCGCUGGUAUUGCGUGGCUCGUUAAACACUACAGUACCUGCCCGAUUGACCAGGCGAAGGGUUUUAUUUUGGGACUCGUGAUUUCGAACUGGUGCGUGUUGGCCUCUGUGCUGGUCACGGUUUGGUGCACGUUUGACGCGGCUGGUCGAUCCUGGGUCAAAAUGAAGAAAUAUCAGCGGAGUAUGAGGGAAGCGGAAACGCGGGGUGGCGGCAGGCUACACUACAAGCGCAGCGGAAGUAGAAACAGGAAUUGGAGACAACGAAAAGUGAUACGUGCUUAUCAGGAUAGUUGGGACAAUAGAUGCAGGCUGCUGUUCUGCUGCAUGGGGAACUCGGACAGGAACAGGAACUCAUUCGCGGAUAUCGCCCGGCUGUUGAGUGAUUUCUUCAGGGACCUGGACGUUGUGCCGUCGGAUGUCGUCGCUGGAUUAGUACUGCUGAGAAAGUUUCAGAAGAUCGAGAGGGAGCUGAUUGUCAAGCAGAGGAAAAACGACACUUACGAAUUUCUUUCCGGAGUCCCAGUCACCCCGAGGACCAAAUUCUUAUCCUUGACCGAAGACGGUGAUCUUGACCAUUUUCAGGCCGCCAUUCAUUACAUGCACUUCGCUCUUGCGGCCUACGGCUGGCCAAUGUUCCUCAUAACUCAUUCCACUGGUUUGUGUCAACUCUGCACCAGAUUGAGGUGCGGCUGUUUCCCGUGCAGAGGAAACGAUGACGAGGCGACAGUCGUCGACGACAAUUGCUGCCAGUGUAAUUACGCGGCACUUAGACGGAUGGUGGAAGUUGGCGAGGUGGAAGUCAUCUACGCGACUUACCACGUCGACGUUGGAGAAACGCCGUUCUUCGUUGCUUUGGAUUACACGAGGAAAAAGGUGGUGGUUAGUAUUCGUGGUACUCUCAGCAUGAAGGACGUGUUAACCGACUUGAACGCCGAGGCGGAGGUACUUCCGUUAUCACCACCCAAGGAAGACUGGUUGGGACACAAAGGGAUGGUCCAAGCGGCCGAGUAUAUUCGAAAGAAGCUGCGGGAGGAAGGGAUCAUCGCUAGAGCAUUGGCCAAAGAUCCCGCAAGAGGAACGCAUCAGUUCGGGUUGACAUUAGUCGGCCAUUCGUUGGGUGCUGGCACCGCAGCGAUUCUCGCAAUUUUAUUGAGGCAGGAAUAUCAGGAUCUGUUAUGUUUCUCCUUCGCUCCGCCCGGCGGCCUCCUGAGCAUGCCUGCCCAGCAGUAUACCCAAGAAUUUAUCACAUCCGUCGUUGUCGGUAAGGACGUCGUUCCGAGAAUAGGACUCAGACAAAUGGAAAGCCUUCGUGCGGACCUCAUUAACGCCAUCAAAAGGAGCGUUGACCCGAAGUGGAAAACGAUCGCAUGCUCGGUGAUGUGCUGCGGAUGCGGUUCGACGCCGACUUCAGCGGCGAACCUGGAGGCUGGUGGCUGCAUCAGUGAGUACCAGAGGGACAAGGAUCAAGCAAGAUCUCAAACGGUAGUUCCGAGUGACUCGAGGAUCGCGCUGACGCUUCACAGACCGCUGUAUCCUCCAGGAAGGAUAAUUCACGUGGUGCGACAUCAUACUAACAAGAACGAGCAAAAGUAUGAGUCCCGUUGGAGGCAAGUCCUGAGGAAGCGUGAGCCCGUCUAUCAGGCCCUCUGGGCUGGGCCCUGCGACUUUGACGAGGUUUUGAUCAGUCCGGUUAUGAUCCAGGACCACAUGCCGGACACGAUGUUGAACGCCUUGAACAAGGUUAUAACGACGCUGGGUCCAGCGAAGCCACAGAGGACCGGAACGUCGGCGCAUACGUCUUCGGCGGAGGCCUCAGAGGUCCGGGAGGCCGUCGAGGUCCAGGAGGUCGAGAUCGAGCCGGAGAUGAGGGCCUUGCUGUCCCCGCCGAGUCCCGCCAAGCUUAAAACAUCCGCAGGAACGCCCCCGCACAGAUUGUGCCUGGAAACGAGCUUCACGUCCCUCCAUAGACCCCCCGAGUUCCCUCAGGACGCGGGGCUGCUGCAGUCCAGGCAAGUCUCGAGAGGACUGCGCUGGGAAUACGUCGGUGCUGCUGAUAGGAGAACGAACGAGGGAAAAUUAUCCCGAAACUUGGGAGAGUGGGACAAUAUUCGAGCUUUGGCGCCCUUGGCCACGCCGGAAACUUUGUCCGAAGCUUCGAGCGAUCCUCCGUCCCCUGUUCCUCCCCCGCGACCGAUGAGGCGGACACCUAAGAUUCCUGGGAACUUAUCCACCGCCGCUGACGACCUCAAGAAUAAUCUACACUUUGCGAUGUUGUCCGCGAAGAAUUACUUCCUCAAAGAGGAAACUAACGGCAGUCAUAGCAGUGGAAAUAGCGAGGCGAGCUACGAGAGCGCCAAAAGUCUUGGCGCCGGACUUCCGCCUCCGGUACCGAGGAGAAGAGACUCGGUCAUUGUUAGGAGAGAACAUAGAAUUUGUACUGCAGCCUGCUGCAGGGACGAUAUUUCUGAAAAUUCGUCCUCGCCAUCCUCGAGAAUAUCUCACACUUCGCACAGGGUCCAAGACGACUUCACCAAGGAAGAACACGACACAAACGGAUCGAGUUUGGACUUCUACGAAGCACAGGAUUCGAUCGGCCAACGGGAAAGCAGCAACGAAGUCUUUCUGAGUGUCCGAAGUUCCCCGGAGUGCAAGGGUCUGAUGACGCCGGCGAUCGACCUGGGGGUCGAAUGGAAACGGAAACUUGAUCCUCCCAAACUCGGCGGAGACGCCUCUCUGCCCCUUCUUCACGGGCUGUCGCCAACGCCUCCACACGCGCAGCACAAUUCGCCUUUCUUCAACGCGAAACGAAAGAAGUACGUUUAUCCGAUCACGAUGGUCGGCAGGGGUGAAAGUAGUGUAUAGUGUAUCGCCGUUAGGAAAUGGGACCAUUUGUAAUUUAGUAUAGUCAGGGCUAUUCAAUAGACGGUGAAAUUGAAUAUGACAGUUAUGAAAUAAAGAAGGAUAAAAAUGAAAGAAUAAUGAUGA